AUGGAGGCGAUUCUUAUUGCUUCUUCGAGCUCUCUCCCCGUUGGUAGGAGUAAGGUAGUAGUUUCUCAGAGAUAUCGGAACCAAGCUUAUCAUAGCUACCAUCUAUACUCAGAAUCUUAUUCGAAGCGGCGUUCUUCGAAAUCCUUCGUUAAACUUCAAGCUGCUGAACGUUUUGGCGACCCGAAAUAUAUCACGAACUAUGUGGAUAACUUGUCAAAAAGGCUGGUCUCGACCCUUCCUGAACCAAUCAAAGUAUUUCCGUGGAAAGAAGCUAAAAAUAAAGUUCUAGAGCAAUUGCUCGUUGUCGGCGAGAAAGCAUUGAAGUGGUCGUUAAUUGUUCUGUUUGUCGUUAGUGCCGCAUUAGAUUUAUAUCUAGCAAUAUCAAGAGACAGAGAGCUCUUGAUACCGCUCGGUCUAUUCGUAGGCAUUGCUCUCGCCGACUUCCUGACAGAAUCGCUGCACGCGCUUUUCCAGAAAACUACACAGGACGGAGAAUCUCCGAGGCAUCUUAUCAGCAUUGGAUCAUUCUUUGCGCUCAUGAAGAUCAUAUCUCUCUCCCUGAAGCUUCCUGGAAGGGUGCUUCUCUCUCAUGUAGGUAAUGGGGGGUUGAUGCAAGUGUUGUGGUCAGCGAAUAAGAUGCGAAAGAACGAUAAUUUCGAAGAAUCAAACGGCGUUUCCGAACCGAGCAGUGAAUUGGCUAAAAGUAAUGUGUAA